AUGGCGAGCGAACCAUCCCCGCGUGCCGUGCGCUUCUCGCCGCCUGACGACGAUGGUUACGCCCGAUCCGAUAAGCACAAGAAUGGUGUCCGCCCUCCAACAGGAAUGCCAGAUCAAGAGAACCCUCCGUCCUUGACGGGCGGAGACAUGCAUCUCAGCCCCCGUCUCGGUGAUCAGCAGGACGAGCUGGGGGCGCUUGGUCGAUACGUCGAGGCGGGCCAUCCUGCCGCCGUUGGGCAACCACACCAACCCGGCGCGAUAUCAAACGGCGCCGGCUCCCGUCAGCGCACUGCUGGCGAGCCUACAUCCUACCCGAACGGGUCAACACCACGGCCACAACGUCCUACGGGGCCCGCGAGAACCCCUUCCAAUACCUACCAACCCUACGCUCAACGGAGACCUACACAACCCGGUACAGCCUCUUUCAACAGCAGUGGUGGAUUACACAUCAAAGAUGCGGCGAGACCGCGACCGAUUGGGACGUCGACGUUCCGCGCCCAAGAGCGAGAAUAUGUGCGGAGGUUACGUCAGCAGGAUUACAACAAUGACUACUUCGACACAUACGGCUCGGCCGAGCAAUACGACUCAGACUCCGAGGGCGAGACUCCCUCGUCAGAAGGUCCAUUUGACACGUUCGACGACUCACAUAUCAUGUUUGUCAACAACGAGGGCAGUCAAAUUACGGAGGAAGACUUGAAAGAUAUUGGUAGUCGCGAGAGAUUGGAGUGGCAUGGGAUGCUAGAAGCUGUCCUGACCGGCGACGUGGUGCGCCAAGAAAAAAAGCGUCUUAUCGGCUCUGCCGACGAAGAAUUUGGUAAUGACGCCCACAAGGCUGAGCUCUGGUUAGGCAUUCGUGCCCGAGUGUGUGGGAGACACCUGCCCGUCCAGCGGAGGAUGGUGGAAGAGGCCCGGAGUGCGCUGGAGCGUCUCGUUGGCGAGGUUAUCAACUUCUCCAUUGCCGGCGAGAAAGAGGCCGGGAAGCCUCCGAUCGAGCAAGUCCGCGAUGCCGUUGAGAAGAUUGAAAAGAUCGAGGGACUCUAUCCGUCUAGUACCGGACUGAUCGCCGCCCUCAAACCCCCCACUUUCCAAGCCUACCAAGAAACUUGCGACGCGAUCAUCUCCUGGCACAAUGUGAAUGAAAUGAUCAACACCGAGUUGUCUAUUUUAAAGAAAUGGGUGGGCAACGACGACCUAGAUUUCCAACGAUCACAGGAGAACUCGGGUCGCCUCAACGACGAAUCUUCCUUCCUAGACAGGCUGAUGAAGGAAGAGGGCUUAAAAUCGCUGCACUACGAGACCGACGACGACAACUCCGUCCAAAAGAAGAAGAGCAUGUUAGACAACAUUUCGAUGGUUAUCACCAAGGCCAAGGACACCCUGAUUGUGAAUGCCGAAGCAUUUCAAAAACGUCACCUGCCACCUUACAUUGAGGAACUGCUCACGUUAAUCAGCUUUCCUUCUCGUCUCAUCGAGGAGAUCAUCAAAAUCCGGCUUGCGUACGCUAAGAAGAUGAAGGAAUCGGCACAGCAAAAUCCCAUGAUGCAAGACCAGAUGAUCUCUCAAUUCCAAGUGCUGUUGAAGCUGGCCAUUAAAAUCAAGUCCGCGUACACGGCCAUUUCAUUACCAGAACCCGGAUGGGACUUGCCUCCAUGCAUUGACGACGACUUUGACCGCGUCAUUCUCGAUGCUCUCAAGUACUACUUCAAAAUGUUGAAUUGGAAGUUGAGUGGCAACAAGAACACAUUCAAGGAAGCUGAACUGCUGUUCCAGGAAUGGGGCUUUGGUAAUGAGAUCGGGAGCCAUCUGAGCCACGGAGACGUCGAGGUCGCCGAGCAGUUUAGCUCUCUCACCUACAAAGCUCUCAGCCGGCUGAACCAAACUUUUGAGAAGGAGCUUCAGCGACGGCCAAAGGAGAGUGUCGCAGAGAUGACCAAGCGAUACAAGCAGAUCUUGGAUUCCGUUCGCGUGCGGCAACGCAUGUUGCAGAGAUUCUCGAGGAUGCUCAGCGACAACUACGAAAAUGCAUGCGACUUCACGGUGGCUUUCGGCCCCGAAAGGUUGCAAGACCUCUUCGACCGCCUCGUGGAGUCAGGUCAUUUCCAAGUCAAAACAGACAAGGCUGCGCACCAGAACGUCAUUAUUCUCGCCUCCCCCUCGCUACACAACCGCGAAUCUGACAUUCAGCUCUUGAUGAACACAUUUUCCUAUGAGAGCAGAGUCGAAGACCCGACCGAUCCCUAUCUUCUCAUCAUCCGAGCGGAAACCCCGCCCUCGUGGUUCGGAGCUAAACUUCAUUUAUCGGUGCGGGAUGAACCGCUGGAUAUUAAACUCAACCACAUGAGGCUCAUCGCGGGUGGUUCCCAGGCACGACUGAUCAACGCGAGAAAGGCGUUGCUCGACAGCAUCGACACGCACAUCGACCUAAUUGUUGAGCAGCGGUCAAAUUUGCAAAAGGUCAACGUCCGACUCAUGGAAAUUCGGAAAGUCGCUUUCAAACUCUCGAACGCCUUCAUGGACAGUGUCGAAACCAUCCGUCGGCAAACAAGAGGGCUUAACUGCCAAGAGCUCAUUCAAACUUGCUUCAUAUUUGCCACCGAGUUUGGUCAACGCUCGCUGCUGUACAUGGAUAACAACAGGCGGACCAUGAACAACAUGAAGCUCACCAAGCUUGCGCUAGACUGGGUCAGCUUCAUUUGCGAUGACUGCAACUCGUCCGACCGCAAGACAUUCCGUUGGGCGGUCCAAGCACUCGAGUUUGCCAUGGGCAUGACGAGGGGCAAGCAUAUCUUGGGCCUCGGUGAUGAUGAGUAUGCGAAGCUGCGGCUCAAGGUCGCAGGCUGCAUGGCUCUCUUGAUCUCGCAUUUUGAUAUCAUGGGUGCCAGAUCAAGUGUCGCCGCGCAGGCUGAGAAGCUGCGGAUGGAAGCCCUGAUGAUCCAGCUCAAACGCCUUAACAAAGGCCAGGGUGCGGAUGAUCGGACCGCUGCCAAGUAUGUAGAAGAGCACCGUCUUGAGGAGCUGUCCAAAAUCGACGAUCAAAGAAAGCAGAUUCUCCUGGAGCGGUCGGCCAUGGGCCGGGUGUUGGAAAUAUCCAACGAGGUCGACCGGUCGCUGGCUUGGCUCUCCUCCACAGCUACCAAUUUUACGAUGAGGUGGCAGCAGGGUCACUUCGUUGGUGGUGGCACGUUUGGCAAUGUCUACGCGGCCAUGAAUCUCGACACCGGUCAACUGAUGGCCGUCAAGGAGAUCCGCCUCCAAGAUCCCAAGAUGAUUCCCAACAUCGCCGGCCAGAUCCGGGACGAGAUGCGUGUUUUGGAGACUGUCGACCACCCCAAUGUUGUGUCAUACUACGGUAUUGAGGUUCACCGCGACCGCGUUUACAUGUUUAUGGAGUUUUGUUCGGGCGGCUCGCUGGCCAAUCUAUUGGAACAUGGUCGGAUCGAGGAUGAGCAGGUUAUCAUGGUUUAUGCACUUCAGCUGCUUGAAGGUCUCGCCUACUUGCAUGAGCUGAAGAUUGCUCACCGUGAUAUCAAACCAGAGAACAUCCUCCUCGACCACAACGGCAUCAUCAAGUACGUCGACUUUGGCGCCGCCAAACUCAUUGCCCGGCAAGGCCGGACGCUCGUGCAAGAUAUGGCGAGCACCAAGCCCAACAAAUCGAUGACGGGCACGCCCAUGUACAUGUCCCCUGAAGUCAUCAAGGGCGAAAACCCGGGCCACUUCGGCGCUGUCGAUGUCUGGUCCCUGGGCUGCGUCGUCCUUGAAAUGGCAACGGGACGCCGGCCAUGGGCCAAUCUCGACAACGAAUGGGCCAUCAUGUACAACAUCGCCCAGGGCAACCCGCCGCAGCUGCCCUCGGCAGACCAGCUCAGCCCGCAGGGCAUCGACUUCCUCGGGCGCUGCUUUGCGCGCGACUCUAAGAAACGCGCCACAGCUGUCGAGCUGCUGCAGCACGAGUGGAUCAUGACGAUUAGGAAUCAGGUCGUCGAGCCUGCAACGCCCGGCAGCGAUACCAGUGGAUCGAUGCAGAACACCCCGAGCACAAUGACAUCGUCGAUGAGGGCAACUUUCGCCGCGGACGGUAUUGAGUUUUGA